AUGAUAACAAGAGCUAAAGCUGGCAUAUUUAAACCCAAAUCCUGGAUAAUAAGCAAAACUACUAAUUGGUCUCAAACAGAGACCACAAGAAUCACAACUACACUUGCAACUCCUCAGUGGAAGAAGGCUAUGGAUGAGAAAUACUCAGCUCUCAUAAAGAACAAGACCUGGACACUAGUUCCCUCAUCUCCAUCACACAUUAUAGUUGGAAACAAGUGGAUAUUUCGACUCAAGAGAAACAUGGAUGGCUUAAUACAGCGAUAUAAGGCCCGACUAGUUGUGAAGGGCUUUCAUCAACAUCAUGGAGUGGACGUCUUUGAGACAUUUAGCCCUAUCAUGAAGUCUUCCACGAUUCGAGUAGGAAUCAAUGUUGUUGUGUCACAAGGCUGA